AUGGCGAAGACAUGGACCAUCGGCGUCCCUGGGUACAGGUAUUGCCCCCCCCCUGGGCUAUUCGGCCCUGUCGUCGCCUCCGACCUCUUUUCUUGUUGUUCUUGGGUGGCGUCCACAGGCCACCUCGCCGAGCCUCAUCGGCUGGGCCAGGAUCGGCGAGGGGGUCAGUGGACGUCCCCUGGCUCUCUGCUGUCGUUCGCUCGUGGUGCUCCCCGGGGCGCGUCAAGUCUCAGGCCGCCUCAUCUGCCCUCCUGCUCCCUCCUCCAGCUCCUGCUACUGCCGCCGAUCCUGCCGUCCUGA